AUGGUUCUAGAAAAAGAAAUAAAAUAUAAAUUAAUACCUGAAGCUAUGAAAAAAUUAAGGAAUGAACAUGAUAAACUAGUGGUAAUUAUGUCUCAGCCAUUUAAGGCGGGUACAAUAAAGCAAACAGAUAAUGUACGCUUAGAUGAUCAAAAUUUUACUGGAAAUAGUGACUAUAUUAAUUUUCAAGUGCAAAUAGAUGGACAGAGAUAUAAACAUCAACAUAGUGGUAAUGAAUCUACAACUGUCACACAUAUUUUAGUGUCAAGACCACUAAAAGAUUCUGAUGCUGUUUAUCAUUAUAGCUCAAGAGAAAUUGCUAAGGACCUUCUUCAUAGUUUAAAUAAUGGAAAAACAGUAAAAUUACUUGCAGAAAAUCUUUAA